AUGAACUGCGCACAGCUUCUCCUGCGUGGCCUACGGGCAAACGGCCGCAGCGCCUUUGCCAAAUCUGCUUCACAAUCUCAGUGCUUCAGAACGAGACCGGCAUCAGUGCCCCGAGCAGUCCACCGCAGACACAUCUCCUCGACUGUCCCGCGAUCCAACAAGAUGCCGUCGGCCGAUGACCCCAAUUUCGUAUCGAUUGUCGAUCUGCAACCGCAGACGGUGCGCGCAGGGAAGCGUCAUGGCGCCGGAAUCAUUCUUCUCGCCCUCAUGCCCAUCACCGCCUUCAUCCUCGGCACAUGGCAGGUCCAGCGCCUCGGCUGGAAAUCCCGCCUCAUCGCCAAAUCUGAAGACCGUCUCGUCCGCGAUCCCCUCCCCUUGCCUCCACACAUCGACCCUUCCGUAAUCAGCGAGUUCGACUUCCGCCGCGUCCUCGCCACCGGCACGCUGCGACACGACCAGGAGAUGCUCGUCGGCCCCCGCAUGCGCAACGGCGAGGACGGCUACAUGGUCAUCACGCCGCUGGAGCGCAAGGACGGCUCUACGAUCCUCGUCAACCGCGGGUGGAUCAACAAGAAGCAUCGCGACCAGAGGACGAGGCCGGACAGCUUGGUCAAGGGAGAGGUCACGAUAGAGGGCCUGCUGCGCGAGCCGUGGAAAAAGAACAGAUUUACUCCUGAAAAUAGGCCCGACAAGGGGGAGUUCUACUUCCCCGAUGUCUACCAGAUGGCUGCUUUGACUGGCAGCCAGCCGGUGUGGGUAGAAGCCACUAUGGAGCCCGAAUUUUUACGCAUGAUGGACUACGAAGCCCGUGGAAUCCCCUUCGGGCGACCCGCUGAGGUUACCCUGAGGAACAACCACGCCCAAUACAUCUUUACAUGGUAUGGGCUGAGCUUUGCCACGUCAAUCAUGCUGUACAUGGUGCUCAAGAAGCCCCCGUCCAACGUUGCACGCCGUGUCCGAGCUAGCGGGCACAUGUAA